CAGAACAGCUCUUGCAUCACCUUGCUACAUAAUACCUUUAGGCUAUCGCACUCUCAAAUCUUACAGACGACACGAUAAACCCUACUCGCCUCAAAAUAUGUCUUCCAACGUACUCAGCGUCCGCGACAGCAACAUCCAACUCAAGCCGAACUCAGCACCCGGAGCGGAGAAGCCAAAGAGUCUCGAGUACCACCGUCAAGUGCUACAAUCGCGCAUAGACAACGAGCAGCCCCAGCCGUAUGUCUCGCCGUCCGAUGAGAUCAUGUCUCCAGCUACGCAGAAGCUGCAAGCUUUCAAGAACAAGCACGCGAUGAAGAAGUCGAAGCCACAGACGCUAUUCAAGAAGACGAGCUCUAAGAACUUCGAGUCGUCCAAGGGCACGGCUAUGUUCGCGGAUAUACCCAAGGACAAUGGUUCCAAGUAGGCCCUCGCCUGCUAUUCUUCGCGCGCAUAGGUUUGGUGGAAUAUAGGUGGUCGGUAUCAGGCGCUUUGGUUUGGACAAUACCCCACUUCACGCCUGUAUGAUGGGUCAAGAAUCAGGUGGUUCUUGGAUCUUUGGCUUGGGACCAUGGCAUUUAGGGUCACUGUUUAACUAUGGUCUUUUCUGGAGUUUGGGGGAUUGGUUUGGGCACGACUGACAUGACUUUGCGACUGUGGUAUACUGAAUCGAUUUUAAUUGCCCAAGAUUUGGAC